UGAUAGCUGCCAAAAGGCGGAUGAAGCCUUUGGGCGACCAUGGGAGAGCAGCUGCGCCUUUGUGGGUCUUUGUCGCUUUAAGAGACGCGCUUGAAGGCUUUUUUUUGUUCUUCGUUGUGUAAUUGAUCGCUGAACUGUGAGGCUGUUUUCGGGCCGGAGACCUGUCCCGAAACACGGAGGAGCCGCUAUAUUUCAAAGAAAUUGUAUUUGCAGCCAUUUCCCCCAUUUUCUGUUCCGCAGGUUUAGCGUAAAAGGCUGAAUAACGGCGCCGUUUUGAGACCCAGCACCAUCCCAAAUCCGGGUGAUGCUGCGGCACAGCCCCUUCCCCCAGUAGCGGCACCGGCUAAUGGACCAGCAGAACCAGCGGUACUGUGAAGUGAACUUCUCGCUACCAUGACGACCCAAGUGACCCUCGAAGAUGCUCUGUCCAACGUGGACCUGCUGGAGGAGCUGCCACUUCCAGACCAGCAGCCCUGCAUCGAGCCCCCCCCCUCCUCCAUCAUGUACCAGGCUAAUUUCGACACCAACUUUGAGGACAGAAACGCAUUCGUCACUGGGAUCGCCCGCUACAUCGAACAGGCCACCGUCCACUCUAGCAUGAACGAGAUGCUGGAGGAGGGCCAGGAGUACGCGGUCAUGCUGUACACCUGGCGAAGCUGCUCUCGCGCCAUUCCACAGGUGAAGUGCAACGAGCAGCCCAACCGGGUGGAGAUCUAUGAGAAGACAGUGGAGGUUUUAGAACCUGAAGUUACCAAGCUCAUGAAAUUCAUGUACUUCCAGAGGAAGGCCAUCGAGCGCUUCUGCAACGAGGUGAAGCGCCUGUGUCACGCUGAGAGGAGGAAGGACUUCGUGUCCGAGGCCUACUUGCUGACCCUCGGCAAGUUCAUCAACAUGUUCGCUGUGCUGGACGAGCUGAAGAACAUGAAGUGCAGCGUCAAGAAUGACCACUCCACAUACAAGAGGGCGGCCCAGUUUCUGAGGAAAAUGGCCGACCCGCAGUCCAUCCAGGAGUCUCAGAACCUGUCCAUGUUCCUGGCCAACCACAACAGGAUCACACAGUGUCUUCACCAGCAGCUGGAGGUGAUCUCAGGUUACGAGGAGCUGCUGGCCGACAUCGUCAACAUCAGCGUGGACUAUUACGAGAACAAAAUGUACCUCACGCCCAGCGAGAAGCACAUGCUGCUGAAGGUCAUGGGCUUCGGGCUUUACCUGAUGGACGGCAACGUCAGCAACAUCUACAAACUGGACGCCAAGAAGAGGAUAAACCUCAGCAAGAUUGACAAGUUCUUCAAGCAACUGCAGGUCGUUCCCCUGUUUGGAGACAUGCAGAUCGAAUUGUCCCGAUACAUCGAGACCAGUGCCCAUUAUGAGGAAAACAAGUCCAAGUGGACAUGCACCCAGAGCAGCAUCAGCCCACAGUAUAACCUGUGUGAGCAGAUGGUGCAGAUCCGUGACGACCACAUCCGCUUCAUCUCGGAGCUAGCCCGCUACAGCAACAGCGAGGUGGUGACCGGCUCGGGCCUGGACAGCCAGAAGUCUGACGAGGAGUACAGGGAGCUCUUCGACCUGGCGCUGAGGGGCCUACAGCUGCUGUCCAAGUGGAGCAGCCAUGUCAUGGAGGUGUACUCGUGGAAGCUGGUCCACCCGACCGACAAGUUCUGCAACAAGGACUGCCCCGGCACGGCGGAAGAGUACGAGAGAGCCACGCGCUACAACUACACCAGCGAGGAGAAGUUCGCCCUGGUGGAGGUCAUCGCCAUGAUAAAGGGCCUCCAGGUUCUCAUGGGCCGCAUGGAGAGCGUCUUCAACCAGGCCGUCCGGAACACCAUCUACGCAGAGCUGCAGGACUUCGCACAGAUGACCUUGAGGGAGCCGCUGCGACAAGCUGUACGCAAGAAGAAGAACGUCCUCAUUAGUGUCCUUCAGGCAACCAGGAAGACUAUUUGUGACUGGGAUGGGGCGAGAGAGCCGCCCAACGACCCCUGCCUGCGGGGAGAGAAGGACCCCAAGGGCGGCUUCGAGAUUAAAGUUCCCCGCCGCAGCGUUGGCCCCUCUAGUACUCAGCUAUACAUGGUGCGUACCAUGCUGGAGUCCCUGAUCGCCGAUAAGAGCGGCUCUAAGAAGACUCUCCGCAGCAGCCUGGAUGGCCCAAUCGUUCUGGCCAUCGAGGACUUCCAUAAACAGUCUUUCUUCUUCACCCACCUGCUCAACUUCAGCGAGACCCUGCAGCAGUGCUGUGACCUCUCCCAGCUCUGGUUCCGCGAGUUCUUCCUGGAGCUGACCAUGGGCCGUAGGAUCCAGUUCCCCAUCGAGAUGUCAAUGCCCUGGAUCCUCACCGACCACAUCCUGGAGACCAAAGAGGCAUCCAUGAUGGAGUACGUUUUGUAUCCCCUGGACCUCUACAAUGAUAGUGCUUACUACGCUUUGACCAAGUUCAAGAAGCAGUUCCUCUAUGACGAAAUCGAGGCAGAGGUUAAUCUCUGUUUUGACCAGUUUGUCUACAAGUUAUCAGAUCAGAUAUUUGCCUACUACAAGGCAAUGGCUGGGAGCGUCCUGCUGGACAAACGCUUCCGUGCAGAGUGUAAAAACGACGGCGUGAUUAUCCCGUACCCUCCCUCCAACCGUUACGAGACGCUGCUGAAGCAGAGGCACGUCCAGCUCCUAGGACGCUCCAUCGACCUGAACCGCCUCAUCACGCAGAGGAUCUCAGCCGCCAUGUACAAAUCCCUGGACCAAGCCAUCAGUCGCUUCGAGAGCGAGGACCUCACAUCCAUCGUGGAGCUGGAAUGGUUGAUAGAAGUGAACCGCCUAACUCACCGCCUGCUCUCCAAGCACAUGACCCUGGACAGCUUCGACGCCAUGUUCCGCGAGGCCAACCACAACGUCUCCGCCCCCUACGGCCGCAUCACCCUGCACGUCUUCUGGGAGCUCAACUUCGACUUCCUCCCCAACUACUGCUACAACGGCUCCACCAACCGAUUUGUAAGGACGGCGAUUCCUUUUACCCAGGAACCCCAGAGGGAUAAACCAGCCAAUGUUCAACCUUAUUACCUGUAUGGGUCCAAGCCCCUGAACAUCGCCUACUCCCACAUCUACAGCUCCUACCGGAACUUUGUGGGCCCGCCCCACUUCAAGACCGUCUGCCGUCUCCUUGGUUACCAGGGAAUCGCCGUUGUGAUGGAGGAGCUUCUCAAGAUCGUCAAGAGCUUGCUACAGGGCACCAUUCUGCAGUAUGUGAAGACUCUCAUAGAGGUCAUGCCAAAGAUCUGCCGGCUUCCGCGGCACGAAUAUGGUUCUCCAGGAAUCCUGGAGUUCUUCCACCAUCAGCUGAAGGACAUCAUCGAGUACGCCGAGCUGAAGACCGACGUCUUCCAGAGUCUGCGGGAGGUCGGCAACGCCAUACUUUUCUGCCUGCUGGUCGAGCAAGCGCUGGUGUCCCAGGAAGAAGUCUGCGAUUUGCUUCAUGCUGCCCCCUUUCAAAACAUCCUUCCUAGAGUUUACAUUAAAGAGGGGGAGCGUCUCGAUGUGCGGAUGAAGAGGCUGGAGGCAAAAUAUGCCCCCCUGCAUCUGGUACCCCUGAUAGAAAGAUUAGGGACACCGCAGCAAAUCUCCAUCGCCCGUGAGGGGGACCUGCUGACCAAAGAGCGGCUGUGCUGCGGCCUCUCCAUGUUCGAGGUGAUCCUGACCCGCGUGCGCAGCUACCUUCAGGACGCCGUGUGGCGCGGCCCCCCCCCCACCAACGGCGUCAUGCACGUGGACGAGUGCGUGGAGUUCCACCGCCUCUGGAGCGCCAUGCAGUUCGUCUACUGCAUCCCCGUGGGAACCCAUGAGUUCACGGCGGAGCAGUGCUUCGGGGACGGCCUGAACUGGGCCGGCUGCUCCAUCGUGGCGCUGCUCGGACAGCAGCGGCGCUUCGACCUCUUUGACUUCUGCUACCACUUGCUGAAGGUGCAGAGGCAGGACGGCAAGGACGAGAUCAUCAAGAACGUGCCCUUAAAGAAGAUGGCAGACCGCAUCAGGAAAUACCAAAUCCUGAACAACGAGAUAUUCGCCAUACUGAAUAAGUACAUGAAGUCCGUGGAGACAGACAGCAGCACCGUGGAGCAUAUUCGAUGCUUCCAGCCUCCCAUACACCAAUCCCUGGCCACCACCUGCUGAGGCGGCUCUCGUGGAGGAAUGAACAUCCUUCAGCGACAUGAUGGGAUGGAUUCCAGGCGCUCCAUCCAUCCCUGUCUGAGGUGGAACAUCUCAUGGACGUGGCAGCCAUUGGCCAUGGGACGAGUGACUGGAGCGACCAAGUCGUCUGUUACCCCCCCCCCCCCGGCUCUCCAUGGGGUCGUGUUUAAUGAUCCGUAGCUCCAUAUUUCAGUUUCACAUCCUUCACCUUACUCGUCCUGGUUCAUAAAACGUGCCAUUCUUUGGACAUUGAAAAAUAAUCAGCCCCUAAAGCCGUCCUUGGUUUCGGUUAGUGCGUUAGCAUAAGGGGUGGUUCGCAGCCAUUUCAUAAAAAUAUGAAAAUUACCUAGCUAGUCAAUUUCCACGUAAUUUUGGAAGCAUUUCCCGAAGUCUGAAUGCAGCAGGGAGAGGAGAGGCAGACAGGUAGAGGAGACAGUAGCCGAACUCUGUUUAAAAUGGGAAAUAAGCACAGGAACUGUGAAAGUAUUGGUGAAGAGUUCAUUUGCCAUUUUGUAAAGCGCUUGUGAUUACUUCCAUAUUGUAAGUGCACCCAGUUCUAUGCUGUACGUGACAUGCAGGGGUCACAGGAUGCAGGUGCCUGGGGGGAAAAUCACGACCUCUGCUUUUCUCUUUAGUGUCUUCAGUGUAAAUUCACCUUGACGUGUGACGACGUGAUGUGACCGUGCAACAAAGCAGAUUGCUCUUGGUUCAGGCGAAUUCCUAAGGGCUUUUGUUUCUAAGGGGUAUAUUUGAUUUUCCGUAUUAUUUACUAUAUAUGCUCUGAGUAAUUCGCCCAGGCAUCCUUAAAUGAAAGGCCUGCAAAACUCAGUAUUUUACCCGACUAGCAUUGUCUCAUUCCUGCUGCAUUUUGUUUUUUCUAUAUUUCAAUAAAUAUCAUCUCCGAGACACUACAUUGAAAGGUUAAUUUUUACAAUUCUGGCUUACACACAACUGUCUCUAUAGCUCAGCAGUGUUUAAAACAAAAUAUAUUAAUUUAUGAAGUCAACUGAAUUUUUUAAAAAUGUUUUUUGAUAACCAUUCUAAAUGCAUGCUGUUGUGGAAGUCUUGUCUGUAAAUUGUGUAUCCAGUCCGUUCCUUACUUAUGCUUUCUGUGUCUUUUGAAGUUGUUUCGGGGUGAAUUGAUGAAUAAAUAAUGCUUCAUAGUACCAUGAA